AUGAAUUUUGAGGUUGUUAAAUAAAUAACAAUAAAAAUAAACUGGACAAGUGUUAAUAAUUAAAAAAUAAUACAAAAAAAUGUCAACAAGAUGGUAUCCAUUGUAUCAAAGAGGCAAUCCUCAACUUCGUGUUUUUUUGCCAAAUUUUUGGAUGAAACUUGUUAAUAAACAAUUUAAAUCACCUGACAAUAUUGUUGAAUUUCAUUGUUCAAUGGAAAUGACACAAUUUGAUGUUAAAAAUUAUCUAGAAAAAAUAUACAACAUUAAUGUUGUUGAUGUUAGAACAAGAAUAAAAGUAGGAAAAUUUUCAAAAAGUGUUUAUGAUGGUACAAUUAUUAAGGCUGAUGAUAUAAAAGUUGUCUAUGCAAUUUUGCCAAAGGAUCAAAAAUUUGUGAUGCCAGACUUAUUUAAAAAAGAAGAAAGUGAAAAAGAAGAUAAAACUGAAAAAAGAACAUUUGAACAAAUGAAAGAUGGCUUUAAAUCUUUCUUAAAUUCUAAUAACAAACCAGGUGUUCCUGGAUGGUUUAGUUUUUAAUUAAAUAAUAUGUUAAUAAUAGUUUUAUUAUAAUGAAAAAUAAAUUCAACAUCUUGUUAAUUGACUUGUUUAGUUUGUCAAUUAUUUUCUGCAUUUUUCAAGUCAAAGUUUUAUCUUUGCUUCGUCCAUCAUAAAUGCCCAGGCUUUACAUUCUGGACAACGUUCAAAAUCACUGAUGUACACAACCUGUUGAUAAAAUAAAUAAUUUAUUAAAUUAAAAAACAAAA